AUGAAUUUCUUUACUAAAACAUUAAGUACAUUCACUGGGAGCUCAAUACCGUAUACUUUCAAAGAGAAGAUAAUAGACGCGUCAGGAAAUGCUCCAACUUCCGCUUUACCUGAAGUAGAUAGAAGUUCCAUUUGGAAUAUAUAUAACGGCAUCAAUCCUAAGGAUUCAGCACCAGUUUCAAUCUUUGAGUUUAAUUUACGUGAACCAAGAACAUUAAAAUAUGAGCCGCUUGCUAGAAAUGCUUUUAAGAAGUUGAAAUUGAUCAAGUAUCCCGGAAUCAUCACAAUUCUCGAUUUCAUCGACAACGAUUCAUACUUGUAUAUAGUUACAGAAAGAGUUGUUCCGCUAGCAUUAUUCUUCAAUGAUCACAAACUAAGUCAAGAAGCAAUUGUUGCCGGCUUACACGAUGUUGAGAAAAGCUUGAAAUUUAUCAAUGAGGAGUGUAAUUCGCUACACGGUGGAUUGGACUACUACAAGUCAGUCUUUGUCAACUCCCAAGGUGACUGGAAACUCAUGGCGUUUGAGCUAGUCACCAAUUUACAAUCCGAUCCUGAUCAGCCUAUAUACAGGCUAUCACAAUACAUGCCGAAGCAAGAGGAUGUGGACUUUGAAUCGAUAAGACGCGACCCCACAAAAUUUGACUCAUACAAGUUGGGAAAUUUUGUAUACGCUGUGUUCAAUAAGGGAGUAGUGGACACUAAUUUCAAAAUCCCAGUAAAGCUUGUGGGGCCUACGAAAAGGUUACUAUCUAAACGCAACACUGUUGCACAGUAUUUGAAAGAAUUAGAAUCAUGGCAUGAACAAAAUGUGAUUAUUCGAUUAGGGCUGCAAUUAAAUGCACUAAAGUUUAUGAAUGAAAGUGAAAGACUUGAAUUCAUCAAACACGAGUUACCCCAAUAUAUUGAGGAAGAUGUGUAUCCACCUGGAUUUUUGGAUUACAAAUUGAUACCUGAAUUGAUUCAACAGUACCAACACUUUACUAAGGGAACAUCAACAACAGCGGCAUCUGGAACUGGAGCCGGAACUGGAACUGGAGCUGGAGCUGGAGCUGGAGUAGCCGCCAAACAGGAAACCCAGUCUAUGCUUCUUAACUUUCUUAUUCAAUUUGGAGCAAAGUUAUCACUCAAUGAGUUUACCAAGUAUAUAAAACCAAUUAUUUUCGAGAGCUUUGCGCUGAACGAUAGGGCUAUAAGGUUGAUUUUGCUAUCACACUUGCCGGAGUAUGAAAAGCAUUUAACGGACGCAGAUAUCCAAAAUAAAAUUUUUACACCAUUAGCAACGGGGUUUCAAGAUACAAAUUUCACUAUUAGAGAAACCACGCUCAAGUCAAUCACCAUUGUAAUAGAUAGGAUUUCCGUAAAGCAAGUCAACCAAGACCUAUUGCGUAUACUAGCCAAGUCGCAAAUGGAUCCUAAACCUUCUAUUCGUGUAAACACGUUGAUUUUGAUCAUCAAAAUAUCAUCCAAAAUUUAUGCAAACUCCAAAAAUAAUGUUUUGAUUACUGCUUUAUCAAAGUCACUUCGCGAUCCAUUUGUGCCAUGCAAAUUGACUGCAUUGAACGGGUUCGAAUCUUUGAUUGAUGAAUUUUCUUUGGAAGAAAUAUGCUCCAAAAUUUUAGGCCAGUUGGCAAUUUCUCUUAUGGAUAAACGGUCUUUGAAAGUGAGAACAAAGGCAAAGCAAGUUUUUGAAUUGUACUUUAAAUCGGUAGAAAACCAUGCCAACGAAUUACCCCAUGUGGAUGACGAGGACGAAGAUGCAGAAGAGCGAGAGUUUUAUAAGAAAUAUGCGCCUCAACAACAACAACAGAAGGAAGAGGAGGAGGAGGAGACCAAGCUGACCGUAAAGAAUGUAGCAAGUGGAUUCGGAUGGGGAAUGGUUAGCAAAUUCACAUCUCUUGGAGCACUAGCAGAGGGCAAGUUGAAUAAUGAUUUUAAUCGGUCAACGCCUGAUAUUGUUGGACAAGUAACACACACUACACAGAAACAGAUCCCAACCGUGUCACUGGGGCAAGCCACAAAUAAUGAUACUACCACCACCAGUGGCUGGGAUGACGAUUUUAACGACGACUGGAACAUGAAUGAUGAUGAUGAUGCUAAUGCUAAUGAUGAGGAUGAAGACAAAAAGGAAAUUCAAACAACUAUUGUAGAAAGCACAAAGAAGCUCAGCUUGGAUCGUUCAACCAUUACAAACACGAAGAAAACUUUGCCUAAAAAGACAUUGAAAACGACAUCUUCUUUGCGUCUUGGAGGUGCAAAUAAGGCAAGCAAGCCAAAAGUAAAACCAGUAUUAAAUCUUAAUUUGAAAGUUGAUGAUAAUAACGAUGAGGAUGGCUGGGACGAUGGGUGGUGA